GAUCAGUGUCAAUCUUUCAGAAACUUUAAAAGCGAAGAAACAAAGACUUCGUUCCAUAAAAUAUCGAAUAAAUGGAGCAUAUAGUUUUUGGUUUUGUGAUACUUUUAUGCAAUGGAGUUGAUUUCACUUCAAGCUCUCGUCCAGAUCCAAGCGUUAACCUCAAAACAUUGGUAAACGAUUACGGUUACGCGUUCGAGGUUCAUCAAGUUACAACUGAAGAUGGAUAUAUUUUGGAGGUGCAUCGAAUUCCUGGAGUAAUCAAUAAAACAUCAAGCGAAACAAAAAAGGGAAAAGUGGCUUUAUUGUUACAUGGCCUCUUGGGUUCUUCAUUUACCUGGCUUGGUACAGGACCCAAACGAUCACUAGCUCUUAUUUUGGUUGAUAAAGGCUAUGAUGUCUGGUUGUUGAACAAUCGUGGAAAUACUUACAGUAGAAAACACGUAUCAAAAUUAGAAACAAGUUUUGGAUUUUGGGACUUUAGCUGGCACGAGAUGGGGCUUUACGACUUGCCAACCACAAUCCAUUACGUUUUGAAUAAUACGAAUCAAACUAAUCUUAACAUAGGCUGUUUUUCUGAAGGGUGUACUCAGACUUGUGUUAUGGGAUCGCUAAAACCCGAAUACAAUAAAAAAAUCAAAUUUGUACUGGCCUUGUCUCCAUCUGUUUUCAAGAAGUAUUUAGGAGGCUUACUGCGCUUGUUAAUACCAUUCACUAGAAUAAUGGUGAACCUAUACGAAAGAGUGGGAUAUUUUCAACUUCUUCCAGCUUCAACUCUACUUCGAAUUUUCACGAGUUUUGUUUGCAGUGCGAAAAGCAUAUUUCAGCCUAUUUGCAUUUCCGUUAUAUUUUCGGUUAUCGGCAUUGGAUAUGAGCAAUUGGAUCGGGCUAAUCUGGAACAUUUUCUAAAGUAUGAGCCUGCUGGUGGUUCAAACAAACAACUGUUGCAUUACGCACUUGGAACCUAUAAUCCUGGCACUUUUAGACUUUUUGAUUAUGGUCCCGUAAGAAACUUACAAUUGUACAAUUCAAUUACACCACCGGACUAUCCCCUGGAAAACGUUAAUUUUCCAUUUGCCAUAUAUCACGGUCUGAACGAUCUGUUAGCGGAUCCCAAGGAUGUAGAUUUACUUAAAGGAAGACUUCCGAAUAUCGUCGAUGCUUAUCUUGUACCUGGAAAACUAAAUCAUUAUGAUUUAAUGCUUGGCCUUAAUAUCAACAAACUUUGUUAUGAACGUGCCGUGGAUUUAAUGGAAACAUAUAACCAAGAACAAUCUUAAGAACUAUAAACAUCAUUCAUGGACUUUAAAUUAUUUAAGGAAUUAUUUGAAUUAAUGUAGAGCUAUGAAAAUGUAUUUCAAUUACAUCCAUUACAAAUCAAUUGUAUAUGAAACAAGUAGUGUUAAAUUUUAGUAUUUUUGACAAAUUAAACUUUUAAUAUUCAGGUGUUGUAGCUUCUUUUUUAUUCAUAAUGUUUCCCCUGAGGGUUUCCAUGACUUCCGUUCCUUACAAUGUUUCC